AUGCGCCACAUGGGUGGCCAGAUGCAGCAGAGCAAUGCGGCGGCUGCCACUGCUCUGUAUGAGAACCCGGGACCCACGGUAUCUAGUGGAGAUGCUGGGGACGCCGUGAUGGCGCGGUGGCUCCAGUCUGCAGGGUUGCAGCAUCUGGCCUCUCCAAUGGCAUCCAACACUGUUGAUCAUCGCCUACUACCUAACCUCAUGCAGAGUUAUGGAGCACAAUCUGCAGAAGAGAAACAGAGGCUUUUCAAACUAAUGAGGAAUCUCAAUAUUAGUGGGGAAUCUGGUUCCGAGCCUUACACUCCAACUGCCCAAAAUUCGGGUGCAUUUGCUGCAUCAGAUGGCAUUUAUUCACCCGAGUUUAGAGGGGAUUUUGGAGCUGGGCUUCUCGAUCUACAUUCUAUGGAUGAUACUGAGCUUUUAUCUGAUCAUGUUAUCUCAGAGCCAUUUGAGACAUCUCCUUUUAUGCCUGCUAUAUCCAAUGCAAUUGAGAGUAACUUUGACGUGAUGGUCAACAGGCUUCAGAAAGGGCAGACAGAUGCGGAUGCUCCUGUUGUAUUUCCUGCGAAUGAAAAAGAAAGUGGUACAAGGGAAAACAAUGUGGCUAAGAUUAAAGUUGUGGUGCGCAAAAGACCUCUUAAUAAAAAGGAAAUUGCCCGUAAGGAGGAUGAUAUUGUCACCGUAUGUGAUGAUUCUUCUUUGACUGUGCAUGAACCCAAGUUAAAGGUGGAUCUGACUGCCUAUGUAGAGAAACACGAGUUCUGCUUUGAUGCCGUUCUAGAUGAGAAUGUAGCAAAUGAUGAGGUAUACCGCAUUACAGUGGAGCCAAUCAUCCCUACCAUAUUUCAGCGUACAAAAGCAACAUGUUUUGCAUAUGGUCAGACAGGGAGUGGUAAGACUUACACUAUGAAGCCACUACCUCUUAGAGCUGCUGAAGACCUCGUUAGAUUGUUGCACCAGCCAGUUUAUCGUGAUCAAAGAUUCAAACUAUGGCUUAGCUUUUUUGAGAUAUAUGGUGGAAAGCUAUUUGAUCUUCUAAGUGAUAGAAAGAAACUUUGUAUGAGAGAAGAUGGGCGGCAACAAGUUUGUAUUGUUGGACUACAAGAAUUUGAAGUGUCUGACGUGCAGCUCGUGAAGGAUUAUAUUGAGAGGGGAAAUGCGUCUAGAAGUACAGGUUCCACUGGUGCUAAUGAGGAGUCAUCGAGGUCACAUGCAAUAUUGCAGCUGGUUGUGAAGAAGCACAAUGAGGUGAAAGACUCUAGGCGGAAUAAUGAUGGAAAUGAGUCCAAGGGUGGGAAGGUUGUUGGGAAGAUCUCCUUCAUUGAUCUUGCUGGUAGUGAGAGAGGUGCUGAUACAACUGAUAAUGACCGACAAACACGGAUUGAAGGAGCAGAAAUCAACAAGAGCCUUUUGGCUUUGAAGGAGUGUAUUCGUGCUCUUGACAAUGACCAGAUCCACAUUCCAUUCCGUGGGAGCAAACUCACUGAGGUGCUUCGUGACUCCUUUGUUGGCAACUCAAGGACCGUUAUGAUCUCUUGCAUUUCUCCUAACGCUGGUUCCUGUGAGCAUACCCUUAAUACGUUGAGAUAUGCGGAUAGGGUUAAAAGUCUUUCCAAAAGUGGAAACCCAAAGAAGGAUCAAGCUUGUUCAUUACCGCCUAUUAUCAAGGAAUCUUCAUUAGCACCGUCUCCAUCUGUUGGUGCUGAUACAGAGGAUGUUUAUGAGAAAGGUCAAGAGUCUAAAGCAGUGGAUACAAAUAGAAGGGAUCUAGGAAAGGAAACUUAUAAUGUUUCUACUGAUUAUGAUAAGCCACCCUCAAGCUUUUCUUCUAACAAUGCCUUUAAUGCCAUUGAGGAAAGUGGUGUGAUUUCUUCUGCUUUGGAGAAGGAGCAGUUUGAUGUGAGAAGUUCUGUGAUUUCUACUGGUCAGAAGACAUACUCGACAACCUAUUCACAUAAUUCCGCUGAUACGGAAGAAAAGGUUCAGAAAGUGUCUCCACCUCGGUGGAAAGCUUUCAGGGAUGAAAAGCUGGGAACUGGUUCUAAAAGAGAUGCUGCUAAUUCUGAUUUGCCAACGACCACAAGUUAUAAACAGCAAAUCACGAACAAUUCUAACGCAGCUAGUAUUGGCUCAUUUCCUGGUUCAAGAAGAGAUGGUGCUAGUUCUGAUUUUCAAACCACAAGUCAUAAACAGCAAAUCUCGAACAAUCCCAAUGCAGUUAGUAGUGGCUCCAAACAGUCCGAACUCGAGCCUCCUGAUGGGAGCAUAAAUGAGAUACUCGAGGAAGAAGAGGCCCUGAUUGCAGCCCAUAGAAAAGAAAUUGAAGAUACAAUGGAGAUAGUUCGUGAAGAAAUGAAACUGUUAGCGGAAGUCGAUCAACCGGGAAGCCAUAUUGACAAUUACGUGACACAAUUGAGCUUUGUGCUCUCACGCAAAGCAGCAAGUCUGGUCGGCCUUCAAGCUCGCCUAGCAAGGUUCCAGCAUCGGCUGAAAGAACAGGAAAUUUUGAGUCGAAGGAGGGUACCUCGUUAA